GCCUACCUAGUUCUUAUUGUUUCUCCACCGUGGAACGAUGCCGCGUCAUCUCGAGAAUAUUCCCUAAUACCGAGCUCAUGGAGAUCCAAUCAGGAAAUCCCUUUCAACCCACGGUUUGAGCUCCAUCGGCGUCUCAGGUUUACACGCCGUCACCGGAUGACAGGAGAGCUCAGCCAAUGCUCAUAACAGACAUGAACCAGUGGCUCUGGUACUCCGCAGCAUGCAUGAAUCCCCAUCGUACAACGGUAACAAGGUACCUACCUAGGGAAAAUGCCCCUGUUUUGCGGCAAUACGGAGAAGGAACUUGGUUCUUCCAUUUUGGGGUCGGGGUCCUCUGCGUCUCCAUUUCCGGCCAUUGUUGUUUCUUUUUUUUUCUCCCUCCUCCCCGUCUUCCUCUCGAACACCUACUGUAUUUUUUUUCUACGUCCUCUAGCAGGCAUCGUUCUUAUCCAUUCGCUUACAGCUCAUCUCUCAGAAGAUCACUCGUAAAUAUAUAUCUUUGACAGAUCUUUUUUUUCCCUUUUCGUUCUCCUCUCGCAUCAACUGGAUUGAUCAGCUACUGCAUAACUAGUAGCUAUAACUCAAACUUACCUUACCUUAUUUCUACUACGGAGUACC